AUGAGCACUAUUACAAACGUCGUGCUUGUUGGAGCAUCAGGGGCCCUUGGAUCUCGUGUGCUCGAGGCCCUUAUCGACGCAGCAGUCUUUAACAUAACCGUUCUGGCCCGAAAAUCAUCCGAGGCUCAAUUCCCUUCAUCGGUCCAGGUUUCUCACGUUGACUAUGCAUCCAUUGCUGAAUUGACUGUCGCUUUAAAGGGUCAGGACGCAGUUGUAUCAACUGUAGGGGGCGCAGGGCUGAUGAACCAAAUUCCCUUGAUCGAGGCGUCCAUUGCCGCAGGAGUCAAGCGUUUCAUCCCUUCUGAGUUUGGCGCUGACGCUGGCAACCCCAAUUCAGCCAAGCUGCCUGUUUACCAGCGCAGUAUUGCUAUACACAAGGCUCUUCAGGAGCAAGCUAAGGUCCAUCCAGAAUUCAGCUACACUUUGAUUCGAAAUGGCAUGUUUUUGGACUGGGGUCUUGUCCGUCAGUACCACUUCGCCUUUAGUUCGGAGACACCUCCCUUCUACGAUGGCGGAGACCGUCCAUUUAGUACCACGACAUUAUAUACUGUUGGUCGGGCGGUAGCUGGGGUACUUGGUCAUCUGGACGAGACCAAGAACAGAGUGGUUUAUGUGCACGAUAUGAUAGUCACGCAACGCCAGAUUAUGGGUAUUGCGCAGAAGUUUGCGCCGGAGAAGAAGUGGAAUCCAGUGACCGUCGAUAUUGCCGAUCUGGUGGCUAAGUCGAAGGAGAGCUAUGCCAAGGGGGUAUUUGACUUGAACGCUUCCAUUGGCUUCCUCUGCCAGGCGGUCUAUGGAGAGGGCUAUGGAGGAGAGUUCCAGAAUGUGGACAAUGAGCUCUUGGGAAUUCCACUGAAGACCGAGGCUGAUCUGGAGGAGUUGGUGCGAGACGCGAUGUCUCGGUCUGGUCCAAAAUAG